AUGCAUCUGCAAAAUCAACAAAACUUGCGUUCAUCAUGGGCAAAACUAAUCAAGAACUCACGGACAGCAUUAUUCCUCUGGUCUCUCCUACUAUCGGCAAGCGUCCUCACUCACACGAUCGAUAUCCCAUCAGGACACGUAACCUGCUUUUUUGAAGAUCUUCACGUUGACGACAAGAUGACAAUAACAUUUCAAGUGGCCGGCGGAGGACAUCUGGACAUCGACUUUUGGCUUAAUGAUCCACAAGGCAACCAUCUAUGGAACGUAAUCAAACGAGACACAGGAACAUUCACUUUCACAGCGACCCAGGGUGGAAAGCACGAGUACUGUUUCAGCAAUGCGAUGAGUACAGUUUCAAGCAAGACGGUCAGCUUCAAUGUACAUGGGGUUAUGUAUGUUGAAGACGAUGCUAAAAUGUUGCCUAUCGAGCUUGAAAUUAAACAUCUGGCCAGCGCCCUGGAGGCCGUUAAGGAGGAACAACAAUACAUCGUAGUCCGAGAGAAACUGCACCGGAACACUGCCGAAUCAACAAACGAUCGAGUGAAGUGGUGGUCAUUAGUUCAAACAGCAAUGGUCUUAGGAGUCACAGCAUGGCAAGUGUUUUAUCUCAAAAGGUUCUUCGAAGUCAAGAGAGCAAUUUAA